AAAAUAAUAGUUGAGAUGGAAAUGACGACCAAAUGGCAGUAUUCGGAAUCCUUCGCCGAAACAAAUCUGAAAAUGCUUGAAAACGAAGCACUCUGUGAUGUCAUAUUUGCUGCCGGAAACGAACAAAAACAGUUAAAAUGUCACAAAGUCAUUCUCGCCAGCAAUAGUCCAGUAUUCUAUGCCAUGUUUUGUGGCACCCUGGCCGAAUCCAAAGACGUCAUCUACGUUCCAGAUAUAGAGUCAUCUACCCUAUAUCAUCUAUUACGAUAUCUGUACAGUGGCAAGGUCGAAAUAAACGCAGACACAGUUCUAAGUUUGUUGUACACGGCGAAGAAAUACGAUAUUCCUGGUCUGGCAUCUCAAUGCAAGACAUUCCUUAAUGACAACUUUGAUGCCGAAAAUGUUUGCACAGUUCUUUACCAGGCAAUAGUGUUUGACGAUGAAUAGAUGAAAGCUAAAAGUUUAGAAUUUAUAAUGGACAAAUCUGAGAGUGUUUUGAAAUCCGAUGCAUUUACUC